AUGUCCCAGACUUCCCUCGAACACAAGCACCUUCGUGCUUCUUAUGAUGCUCCUGCGCCUCAACUGCGCAAGCUAGCUAACCCAGGUCCUUUGGGCCUCUUCUCCUUUGCCUCGACUACCUUGAUCCUCUCCCUCAUUAACGUGCAGACGCGAGGUGUGGCGGAGCCCCACAUCGUCUUAGGUAUGGCCAUGGCGUGUGGUGGUCUCGCUCAGCUCCUUGCUGGCAUGUGGGAGUUUGCUUGCGGGAAUACUUUUGGUGCCACUGCCUUCACAUCUUAUGGUGCUUUCUGGAUCAGCUACGCUUUGAUCUUCAUCCCUGGAACUGGUAUCCUGGCAGCAUAUGAAAAGGCUCCGGCAGACCUCGAGAAUGCCGUAGCAUUCUUCCUCACGGCCUGGUUUGUCUUUACCUUCAUCAUGUGGCUGGGGACGUUCCGCACAAAUAUGUGCCUCGUUGCCUUGUUCUUCUCCCUGGACAUGACUUUCAUGUUCCUCAUGAUCGGCGCGUACAAAGGGUCCGUGCGUUGCCACAAGAUUGGUGGUGGUCUUGGUCUUCUCACUGCUGCUAUCGCCUACUACACUGGGGCUGCCGGUGUGUUGACGCGUGAUGUGACGUUCAUUCAGUUGCCUGUUGGUGACUUGCCCAAGUUCGGUGACGUGUAA